AUGCAGGAGUUUCUUAACUAUUUGUGCAACCAAAUCAUACCCGUGGACUUGAUGGACGUGUUCCAACAGGCGGGUGUGCCGUUCUUUGAAGGCUGCUUGAUCGUGGAAGUGCAUGACCACCGCAAGCGGACGACCAACCCCGAACCCGCCACGUCUCAAUACAAAGCAGAUGGGCGCCGUGAACGCCCUAGCGACACUUCUAUGUAUUAUUUGAGGGAGGGCGGUCGUUAUGGUUUUCAUUACACUCGCUACGGUGGACACUCGCACCCCUCUAAUGAGGAUACAGCCUUAGGCCCAGAUGGCGUCGAAGUAUACCGACUUGUAUUGCGCCCCUCCGAUGAGAGCUUGUGGAAUGACCUACGCAUGAUGGAUGCCCGCGCGGGCGGCCAGUGGUCUGAUGAAGACGCCCUUGCGAUCGAGGCGCAAAUCGUCAACCUCACAGCACCACCACUGUGUCUAACACCUGAUCCUCAUGUUACACGGAUUGCUAAUCUCAUGCUCAGCAGCACAGUUCCACCCUCGUUCUACACUGGCUCCCUGUCUUCUGACCCCUACACAUCCCAUCCCGUCACGGGUCACCGUCUGAACAGCAUCGAGUUGGAAAAAGCGAAGAGUGAGGACGUGCGGCGCGAGCAGAUUAUGCAAAUUAUGAAAGAUGGCUGGAAAUCCGAUCCAGGUCACUCGUCACGCGAUGGAACUCAUCACGGGGCCUCAUUUAUGCCAAGGUGUGACUCUGAAGAUACUGGGUCACCGGCUGUUUCCGGUUUGGACGGAGCCAAAGGCGAUGCAAAAAAGCCCGCCAGUGCGAAAAAGAAGCGCGUCAAGGAGCCGGAAGAUACAAAGCAGGCUCCUCCGGCUGUCGCCGGGCCGACAACGGGGGAUACUAAGUCCAAGACAAAACGACGCAAGAAAGACGCCUCUCCCAUUUCAGCGACUGAGGAAAAGAAACAGAAAAGGGCAUCAGGCGCUAACAGCAUGUCACCGAGCAACCCAGCGGCUCGUGGCUUGCCAGCCAUGGCAGGCAAAAUGGAGGGCCUUAGUCUUCCUGGGUCGAAACUUGCCAGUGCCAUGCUACCCGGAUACCAAGCGAGUCCCCCUAUGGGUGUAAGCGUGGGAAUAAAUCCACUGGCUCCAGGCAUGGGCCAGGGCGCUACUACGGGUUCGCCGUUUGUGCCGCCAGGCAGCCAGGUUUCAAGUGCAAAAGCGACAGGCUCCUGGUUUAUGUCUUCAUGA